CAGCCAAAAUUGAAGACGCCCUCGUCCCAGCCAAAAAGGGCCAAUCCUAUCCACAAGGAGACCGCGACAUUGCCGCUGUUGUGUCACUCAUCUCUGCAGCCGCACGAGGCACACUCACCAUGAGUCAACUCACCCUCCCUUGCCCUUAUCUGACUCAUCCCCCUCCCCGUCGACCACCACUGGACUCUCACUCGCACCCGCCGCUUUGUCCCCUCCCACUUUUCGCCGCUUCAGCUGUUGAGCUUCUUCUCCCGCAUUGGGGUCGGGCGCCUUUGUGAAGAAGCUCUUGAAUGAAUCGGACUGCUGUCGUCUUUUGCCGGCGUUGCGAAGGGCUUCCAGCAGCUUGUCCAUCGAGAUGCCCUCGGGCACGUGGCAGCCGUGGAUGCCUAGCUUCUUGACGGCGCCAUUGACGUUCUGCUGGAUGUCUGCACACACGCAACCCACACACAGACACACAGAGCUCAUGAGUAAGGGCCUAUUCUACACGCCCUUCUCUGCGUGCUCCUCUCCCACCGUCGAAGAAGAGCACUUCGUGACUCUUGACCUUUGCCUCCUUCAUGAUGCGCGAUAUGUGAGUUGUCUUAGGCUCUGCACAGGCAGACGCACAGACACAGGAAGGUCGCCACAGAUGUGAGAAUCGGUAUUGGCUGUCCGUCUUUGAUCAUCUGGCUGACCUCGGUAGUCAAUAUUGACCAGCUUGGCUUCGAAGAAAGGCGUCAGACCGAAUGUGUCCAUGACCCGCUGGCCCACGUUGCGCUUCGUGCAGUGUGACGACACGCCCAAACGGAAGCCCACACUUUGACACACACGCAGGACCCGCACCGUCUCGGCAAACAUGACCAGCUCUCUCCUGCAACGGGGCACACACGCCACGACAGUACUAAUCCUCAUUUUUGAAGGCCUCCCCGGCCGUCCAUGUGAGUGCGCCUCUCCCCUUACCCUCUACUGUCCUUGAUCAUCAAGUCGCUCUGGCGGGUAAUGGUCCCCUGCAUCAGGUGAGCAUUACCUGCACCAGGGAAGUGUCCUGCAUCAUAUGCAGGAACAUGCUCUGGCCUGAAUCACGCUGCACCCACCGUCCCAUAGAGUCGAGUCGAUGUCACAGACAACGACCCGUAUGCCUGCGGCGGUCAUGAGUGCUUGGACUCUCUCCACAUCCGCAUCAGCACUCGACGUGGCCUCGUGUGGCUGCGGCGCGUCAGCGGCUGACGAUGCCAUGAACGACGUACACCAAGAGGCGGGAAGAAGCGAAGCCUAGAUGAAUCAACGAACCAGCUACGUGCACAAAGAAGUGAGUGCUGAACAGUAAGAAGUGGGAUAGGCUCGUACCUUCGGCUCUUUGCG